AUGAAUCCCGCCGCGGCGUCUCGCCGGCCUGGUUCUCAGGACGAUGCUACGACCGCCUUGAGAGGCGCCUCGCUUGCGUUUCGGCGAAGCCCAGCAGCGGGAGCUACGCCGACGCCGACGCCGCUGCCGCUGCCGCUGCCGCUGCCGCAUCACAAGAAGGAUGGUCUGUCGACGAGUCCGCUUGGAGGAGCUCCGAAUCCACUCCAUCAAUUGAACGGUGGCUCGGCGGCACAGCUGCAGCCGAUGGCAUCUGCACGGCGCCUGGAUCCGAAAAGCCCGAGUUUUAUAGCCGCCACCCUGGCCGCCAGCAGGAGCAUCAGCCCGAGUCCCUUGGCGACAGCACCGCGGAGGAAGACCAGCUUUGGGGCGGCGAGCGCAACGGGGAACCCGGACGCUGUUGAUACGGAGAGCAUCGCUCCCACGGGGCACUUGAUAUCCAUGUUUGAAGGCGCCAAGGCGGACACGGAAACGACGAGGGAACCAGCGCGGCGUCGGACAUCGCCCCGUGAAGGAUUGGAACAUGGUACGCGGCGGGAAUCUCUCCUAGCGAAGAAGGGAAUGCCGGCUUCGUCGCCCGAACCAAAGAGCGGCCAUGUGCGGCCACCUACGCCUCCACGGCGCGUACACGAACCUCGUUCGAGCUCCAUGCCGCUGAAACAACCGCCGACUGUCACUCCUAGAAGCUCUGGAAAGAUAUCCGCUAUGCCAAUGCCCAAGCCCAAGCCGAAGCCGCCGCAGCAACCGAACUUUGGGCCAAACUCUCCUCCCAAGCUUGAGGAGCCUCACUCGUCUCCUCCAGCUGCUGCGCCAAGGUCACGGCAGUCUGGGAUCUUGCCGCCGCCCCCGAGACUUGUUGUCAAGCCGGCGCCCGAACCUCUGAGGAUACGACCUCCAAGUUCCCCUUCGGUAAUCAGCACGUCCACGCCCGAGGUUCUCUCCCCCAAGCCGAUGAGGUUGAUCACACCCACGCUGGCAUCACCUGUGUUGAGCAUCCCCGACGCGUCCCGUCAGGCUGACUCCUCGCCCUCGCCUGACCCCGACAAGGGCACCCGACCCGCAAACAUGCGGUCGCCAAUGCCCCCAAAGUUACCGGGGAGCCACAGGUUGGUGACGAGCAAAUCCGGAAGCCGAGGUCGGCGUCGUGGGAACUCAGAGACCCCUUUGUCCGCCAGGCCUCUCACGGAGUUCGGCCUGCCAAUUGUCUCGCCUCCCCCCCGACAACAACCCGUUCGCCCUCCGCGCCCAAGGAAAACUCCCCCGCCUCCUGUUCCCGUGAGGCGAGAAUCAGUGGCUGGUGCCCCAGCAUCCCCCGAUCACGAUGUGCCUCGUCGAAACCCACCCGCCAACACGUCCGCCAGCCAUCUGGGACUGGAUCCCCUCAGCAACGCCAUAGUGGCCGGUUCCCUGGCCUCGUCGAGACUCACACCUCACGACACGGCAUCUUCUCUUCCUCCACCGAGUUUGCCCGCCCGCCAGAAGUCGCCUCGUCUGCUCUAUACUCUUCGGCAACCGCGAAGCCGUUCGGACGAGGACCCAGAACGGCUGAAAAUAGCACACCGCCACAAGUUGUCCAGCAACAAGCACCCGCACCACGAAGGCUCACGCAAGCGAUGGCGGGAUCAGAUCACGCAGAGGGAACGCAGACGAUACGAAGCCGUCUGGGCGUCUAAUCGCGGCCACCUGCUCGGCGACGACGGUCCGCCGCGCGGCGAAGCCGCCGGGCUGCACAGGACCGCAUCAGAGUGCGUGGCAAACGUGGUGGUCAGGGAGAUUUGGAAGCGGUCCAGGCUGCCCAACGACGAGCUCCUCGAGGUCUGGGAGCUGGUUGAUCGCGGAAACGCGGGGAUGCUGACGAGGCAGGAGUUCAUCGUGGGCAUGUGGUUGAUUGACCAGCGGCUCAAGGGGCGGAAGCUGCCCGUGAGGGCAUCCGACAGCGUGUGGGCGAGCGCCAACGGGGUGCGUCUUCUCCCCAAGCCCAGGGGCAGAUGA